AUGGAGAUCAAGAUCGACGAAGAUGGUCUCUGUUAUGAAGAUUGUGGGGAUUUUGUUGUGUGUAGUGGUGAAGAUGAAGGAUUUUUAAUUAUCCCUGCUGCCACUUCUACGGCAAAUAAUGAGACAGAUAGAUUUGCAUUGCUGGCCUUCAAGUCUGCAAUAAUUCAAGACCCAUUUGGUGCCCUCUCUUCCUGGAAUCAUUCAAUCCACUACUGCCAGUGGAACGGCAUUUUGUGUAGUCGUCGGCACCCUGAUAGAGUUAUUGUGCUAACUCUAAUGUCCCAAGGCCUGGUUGGAUCGCUCUCACCUCAUAUAGGAAACCUCUCCUUCCUCAAAAGUAUCGAUCUUGAAAACAAUAGCUUCCACGGCCCAAUCCCACAGGAGAUGGGUCGUUUGUUUAGGCUACAAAAAAUAGAAUUCAGCAACAAUUCGUUUGGAGGUGGAAUACCCAACAACCUUUCCCGCUGCUCAAAACUUGAAUGGCUGAGCUUGAUUCACAACAACCUAACGGGAAACAUCCCAACUGAGUUGGGCUCUUUGUCAAGGCUUGCAAUUUUAGGCUUGAGUAGAAACAAGAUUUCAGGAACCAUCCCUCCUUCCUUCGGAAACUUCUCAUAUCUUUCCACACUCUCUUUAUGGGAUUGCAAUUUGCAUGGGGAGAUCCCGGCAGAAAUUGAUAACCUUCGAGGCCUGAUAUCUGUCCAGUUAGCACUGAAUAACCUGUCUGGCAAGGUUCCAUCUGGCCUUUACAAUAUCUCCACCAUCAUUUCGUUAUCAGUAGGUAAUAACCAACUUGAAGGAAAUAUUCCUCCUGAUAUAAGCUCCACCCUUCCUAAUCUUAAGUUUCUUAAUUUUGCGACCAAUUCGUUUACUGGAACACUUCCUACUUCACUGUCAAACGCUUCGGAGCUUGAACUGAUACUCUUCUCUACCAAUUACUUCAGUGGGACAAUGCCGAGAGAUCUUGGAAAACUUCUGGAUCUUAGAAUUAUACAUGUUUAUCAAAAUCGGUUGCAAGAUGACCUCACUUUUAUUUCGUCUCUAACGAAUUGCACCAGUUUACAAAGGAUUGAUGUGGGUGACAAUCUCUUUAGAGGUUCAUUGCCUGACUCCAUAGCUAAUCUUUCCACUUACCUUUACUGGAUGAAUUUGCAGAUUAAUCAAAUACAUGGAAGCAUUCCUUCAGGCAUUGGGAACCUCGUCAACCUCACUCAGUUAACUAUGGCAGGAAAUAAUCUUGCUGGCCCUAUUCCAUCCUCCAUCGGCAGACUUCAAAAGUUGCAUGCUCUGUACUUAGGCUUCAACAAAUUCACAGACCUUCCAUCUUCGCUUGGUAAUUUGACUUUGUUGAUUACUCUCACCUUGAAACAAAACAACAUCCAUGGAACCAUACCUCCGAGUUUGGGCAAUUGUCAUAGCUUGUUGGAAUUAGUCCUUUCUCAAAAUAAUCUGAAUGGUUCAAUACCCCCUGAAAUUAUGAAUCUCUCCUCCAUUUCAACAUUCCUCUUUUUAGAUCACAAUGCACUAACCGGUUCUCUUCCAUUAGAAGUCGGGUCUUUGACAAAUCUUGGACACAUGGAUGUAUCCUAUAAUAGAUUAUCAGGACCCAUACCAAACACUCUGAGCAGUUGUUUGAGUCUGGAGUGGCUUUUGUUGGAGACCAAUUCAUUUGAAGGAGAGAUACCUCAAAGUUUGAGCAUGCUGAGGGGCUUAAGAGUAUUGGAUCUUUCAUGCAACAAUUUGUCCGGCGUGAUCCCAAGUUAUCUAGGUGAGCUUCAACUGGAUAUGUUGAAUUUGUCUUUUAAUAUGCUACAUGGACAAGUUCCCAUACAAGGAGUGUUUCGAAAUUCAAGUGCAAUUUCAAUUGUUGGAAAUAAUGAUCUAUGUGGAGGUAUUGCAAAAUUAGACCUUCCUCCCUGUUCAUCCUCCAACUCAAGCAAAAAUAAGCUCUCUCACAGGAUGAAAGUGAUCCUAGUAGUGGUGGUCGGUGUAGCGAUAUUUUUAUCUUUGUUAGGUAGCUUCUUCAUAUUUCUUCAACGACACGUUUCAAAAAAGACCUCUAGCAUGCCAUCAAUCAUGCAUCAAUUUUUGAGGGUUUCUUAUGCAGACCUUCUCAAAGCCACCAAUGGAUUUUCAGAGGCUAAUCUAAUUGGUGUUGGGAGCUAUGCUUCAGUUUACAAAGGGAUUCUUGAUCAAGUUCAAAUGGUUGUGGCGGUGAAAGUGCUCAAUCUUCAUACCAGAGGAGCUUCAUGGCAGAAUGCAAAGUACUAA